CCGACGGUUUGCAGCUCAACUGGUUUCCAGCACACGAGGUUUUGUUCCUAUCCGCAGCGGGGCUAGGAUUUCUGUACAUUUGGGUGCCUGCUUUGCGACACAUUCUUCUGCACCUGCUCCCGUCCGCCAAUACAGUCAGUUCAAAAUGGGCAAGAAAGCGUCUCGCGCGCCCGCUACGAAAACUUCCUCCGCUGCGUCGCUCGCGGCAUCCGGCCUCACAUAUACCGGGAACAAGUCUUCGAUAUUGAAGGCCUCCUUUGCUCCGUCGGAAUACCAAUUGGCGCUUUUCGCAUCGGUCAUCCAGGGUCUCGAUGGUCAACAUAUCCGCAUCCACGAUACGAAUACCGGACGGUUACAGUGCGAGCAUGCCUUGGGUCCUAAGGAGACUGUCACCUCACUAGACUGGGGCUACUAUCCCAGCGGCAAGAACCGUGAUCAGCACUCGAAGAAGAAGAGGAAGAGGCAUUCCGACGUCAAUGGCGAUGGAUUCGACCAGGGAGACGUAGUUGUUGCCUUCGGUACAAGCGCUUCCGAGAUCCGCAUGUACUCGCCCGUGGAGGACAAGAUCGUUGGAACGCUUGCGAACGGACAUGAGAAAGGUAUCAGAGACUUCAAGUUUACCUCUAGCCGAUCGGGGCAGGAAGGUUGGAGUAUUGGCGGGGAUAACAAGCUUGUGCAGUGGGACCUGUACACCGGACAGAGGACCAGGACAAUCAACCUGCCCACCACUUCGACGUUCAGCACUCUUGCGCGCCCCCUUCCCUCAAACCCGCCUGUCAUCUGCGCCUCUCAGACCCCGUACGUCGUUAGUGUGGAGAAAGAUGAAGCCCCGAUCACCUUCGACGCGAUGCGGAACCCUAUCCAGAACAUCAUCACCUCUUCCACCGAGUCCGCCGGUACGGGACUAUUCCUUGCUUCGGAUGGCGACCGUUACAUCACGGUCUUCGAUGUCCAGAAACGGAAACUCGCCAUGAACCUUGUGGCCGAGAAUGGGGUGUCAUCGGUGUCUCUGUACACUGGUGCGGAACGGAAAGGCACUACUCUGCCGGCAGAGAAGCAGGUCGUCGCCGCAGUCACCGAGGACGGCACCAUUGAACUCUUCACUCGGCCAUUCGUCCUACCCAACGACCAGACCACUGCCAAGGGCGCCGCUAGCCUAAAGGCCAGAUCGAAGCAAGCCACCCGGAGAGCCGAUUCCCUCAUCAAAGUCACCGUGUCCGCAACAUCCGACGCCCUCGUCUCGAUGGUAGCAGCUUCGUUCCAAGGCCCGGACCUGGUCGUUGCAUGGGCGGAGGGCGGUGUUGUCCCUGUCUUCGAGCGGAUCAAGUGGCUGAACGAAGAAACCGACGAGCUGCUGUUCACGGGUACUAAGAAGAUCGCGAAGACCAAGUCUGGCUCAGUGCUGGGAUCGGUGACAUUGAACGGAGCGAGAAACGCCAACGAGAACCAGGUCGACGAGUCCAAAGCUGUGGUGGAACAGGGAAAUAUUAUCGAGGAUGAUAUCGAGAUGCAAGACUCCAAGGAUGCUGCUUCCGUAGCUGACAGCGACGAAGAGUCGGACGACGAUGACGCAGAACUCACCACAACAAACGAAUCAAAGCAGCUGCAGAAGAAGGCGGACGCCGACAGUGAUGUUGAGAUGGGCAGUGCACAAGAUUCCGGCUCGGACGAGGAGGAAGAGGAAGAGACGGGCGAGCCUUCUUUCGGAGAGCUCAUGCGCGCUAACCAGGAAGUUGAUGUUGAGGCUGAGCUUGAAGACGAUGUUCAUAUGGGAUCGCUUGUUCCCGGCAAACCCAGCGCUGCAGUGCAGCAGAUCCCCUCGGGGGUGUCGCUUUCCACCGUUCUCUCCCAAUCCCUUAAGACCAACGACAACGCCAUGCUCGAGUCCUGCUUCCACACCGGCGAACUUUCCAUCAUCCGCUCCACCAUCCAGCGUCUGGACUCUUCCCUCGCAGCGACCCUCCUCCAGAAACUCGCCGAGCGCCUCUCGGCUCGCCCCGGUCGGUACGGCCACCUCCUCGUGUGGGUGCAGUGGACCUGCGUCGCACACGGAGGAGCUCUCGCCGGCAAGCCUGAGCUGCUGAAGCGGAUGUCUACCCUUUUCAAGGUCAUGGACCAGCGCUCCUCCAGCCUGCCUUCGCUGCUGCUGCUCAAGGGUAAGCUGGACAUGCUGGACGCACAGCUUGGAUUGCGGCGGUCGAUCCGCAGCGGAGAAGAAGCCAUGGAGAGCGAAGACGAAGACAACAUCAUCUACGUGGAGGGCCAGGAGGAGGACGAAGACGAGGAAAGCGACGCCGAUGCCAAAAACCCGAUCACCCCGCGGACCAAGUCGAUACGCGACCACGCGUUCGAUGAAGAGGAGUCUAUGCUGAACGGCGUUCAGUCCGGCGACGAGUCCGAGGACGAUGAAGAAGGCAGCGAAGAGGAAGAGGAGGAGGAUGAGAACAUCCUGGACGUGGAGGCCGAGGAAUCCGCGGGCUCAUCCGACGCGGAGGAGUCUCUGGAGGAAGACGAGGACGAGGACGACGAUGACGCAGAGAGUGCCGGAUCAAUGGUAGAUUUCAUUGCGGACACGGAAGACGAGGAGUCGGACGAGGAAGCGCUGGCGACAUCCAAGCCGCCACCGUCCAAGAAGGCGCGACUGAGCGGCGGAGGGCGCGGCAAAGGCAAGAACAAGGGCAGAAAAUAGAAGCCAGAAGGAACCGCCGAAUGAUGACCCGACCUCCCCUUUAGAUCUUACUAUACCCUGUUCAUCAGCACUGUGUGUCCCCGGAUGAUGGUCGUGAUUUGUUUUUCCUCCCACCAAAAGUCAGAGAGAGCGGAAGGAAGGGAAUGAAAGGAUAGGAAUUUUGUGUUUGUUUUCGUUGGUUUAUUUUAUCUAUCUAUUGAUCUAUUAUCUUCUUGUUCGAUUACAUUACAUUAUUACUAUUACUGGGUGCAUUGUUAGACCGCGGGGGGGGGGGG